CAUGUGAUCAGUCAUGUGAUCAGCUGUGUCCAAUCACAGCUGAUCACUGAUGAUCAGUGUGCCCUAAUGAUCAGUGUGGCCCCAGAAAUGCCACCUGUCAGUGCUCAUCAGUGCCACAUGCCAGUGCCCAUCAGUGCCACGUGCCAGUGCCCAUCAGUGCCACAUCAAUGUCACAUAUCAAUGCAUACCAGUGCACAUCAAUGCCACAUAUCAGUGCCCAUCUGAGCUGUCUUUCAAUGUCACCCAUCAGUGCCAGCCAGUGCCACCUAUCAAUGCCAAUCAGUGCCACCUAUCAGUGCUGCCAAUCAGUGCCACCUAUCAG